AUGGGAAUCGAGAGCACGAGACGACUAGCUCGUGAGACAGUGUUCUGGCCAAACAUCAACAAGGACAUUGAACAGCUCGUAAAGCAAUGUGCUGCAUGCCAGGAACACCAGGCAAGGCAACAGAAAGAGCCGUUGCUUCCCCAUGAUGUACCUACAGCACCUUGGACUAGACUAGGAACAGAUUUGUUCAUGCUCAACAGACAAGACUAUUUACUCGUCACUGACUAUUACUCCAAGUAUCCGAUAGUCUACAAGCUGACCGACACAUCAAGUGCUGCAGUAGCUAACGUGAUGAGUGGAAUCUUCAGUCUAUUUGGUCCACCAGAGGAGAUCGUAUCCGACAACGGUCCACAAUUUGUCGGGAAGCACUUCAAGGACAUGUGCCGGAAGUGGUCAAUAACACAUACAACCUCUUCACCUCACUAUCCAAGAUCCAACGGACUAGCUGAGAGAAUGGCUCGUACCGUCAAGAAUCUGUUGAAAAAGUGUUCACAGACUGGCCAAGACAGUCAACUGGCUAUGUCACACCUAAGAGCAACACCUGUUGACAGUCACAUGAGAUCACCUGCAGAGAUGUUGUUUGGAAGACCCAUCAGAACAACACUGCCAAGUCAUCAUCUUUCAAGAGAAUCUACCACCACUGAUCAUCUCUUGAAUCGACAGAGUAAGAUGAAAGAAACGCACGAUCGACAUGCGGGUCCAGAUCUUCCACCACUCCACGUAGGACAACCAGUCAGAGUCCUACAUCCCAAAGAUCAUACUUGGAUACCAGCCAAAGUAUCCAAAGUCUGCGACGAGCCUAGGUCGUAUGAAGUGUCAACACCCAACGGAGGAAUCCUGAGACGAAACCGAUCUCACCUGAGGGAGAUUCCAUCGUCAACCAACCCUACUCCAAAGCGUGUUAGGUUCGACGAAGACUACACUUCAUCUACUCAAGCAGAAACACCAGAGCAGAAUGGCAACAACCAUCAGCCAACACCAGAAACUCAGAACAUUCAAUCUAAAGGACCAACAUCACACUCGCAAACCACAACGAGAUAUGGACGCAACAUCAGUACACCAGCGAGAUACAUGUUUGAAGAUUGA